UGUCAUUCAACGAUAUUUUCAAAUAGUUGGCGCCGUUGUUGUUUAGAUUUAUGAGUGUCAAACUCCAUUAUUCCGUUUUUUACAGCUAAUUAAAUGGAAAGCAUUCACUGAAAUCACUGUUCCAGUUAUGAAUUCAUAAUAUUUCAACUUGUUGGUAAUAUUGUACAAAGACCCCUAUUAUUGCUUGACAGUUUACAAGGAGGUAGUUAGUUUGAUUUGUAGGAGAUAACCUGCAAAAAAGUAUCUGUCAUCUUCGAAUAAAACAAAUGAAUUCUAAAAUUUGAUCAUGAAUUAAUUCAUUGCUUGGAGAACAGUGUAUUGACUUUUUAAUAUGUGGCCGUUAUUGAUUGAUAUGACAAAAGAUGAAUCUAUACAAAGUUUAAGAAAUUUAGAAUUAGAAGCUUAUUCUCAUUUAGUUUCUGCUUUGAGAGCCCAAGGACCUCUUAAUCCUGAUAAACGAAAAUUAUUAAGGGAAACUAGCUGUGUUCUGAAUAUAUCUCAAGAAAGACAUAAAGCUGAAAUAAGGAGGGCAUUAACUGAUGAAAAACUAACAACUAUAGCAUUUCAUGUAAAUGCACAAAAUGAAUAUAAUAGUGAUUGGGCACAAGAAGGACGUAGGGUGAUUCCCCUUAUGCCAAGGAUGGCACCACAAACUGCUUUCUCAGCUAUGGCUGAUGAAGUGGCUGAAAAUGCUGAUUUAAGUAAUAAACAGUUGCCAUUACCAGCCAAUACAGAAAGGAAACGAUCCAUGAUUGUUCAGUCUAAUCAAAAUAUCUUGGGGGAUUGCAAUAAAGGUUCAUUUAGAAUUAAUGAACAGCCAAAACAUGAAGAAUUAAGGAAGAGAAAAUUUUCUGAAAAUAGUAGUUUAGCUCAACAUCUUCUUGGACCAUCUAAUAAAAUGAGUAGAAUACAGCAAAUUUAUAGACAAAAAACAAAAUCCAAAACAAAAGAACAGUUUACAAAAGUGAAAAUGGAACUAGACCAAUCAGAGGUUCUCCAAAAUAAAACUCAACAUCCUGUUCUAUCACAAAAGCCUCAAAUGGUAAAAAUUCCAAUGAAUUCCAAUAUGAAUACACCCUCAGCAAAUGGAUCAAAAAUUAAUAUCCUCCAAAAUAUCAACUUACAACAAUCAAGUCCUCUGAUUUCGGAGGAUCAUUCGGAUCAAGUUCCAGACAUAAACAACUCCAAUAUGACAAAACUUAAUGAAGCAAAUCAUAUAGCAUCUCCACCUUUCAAUAUAAAUGAGAAUAUCAACAAUCGAUUGAAGUUUUUAACUAAAUCAAAUAAUAUUAUGUUCAAGCCGUUGAAUACCUCAUCUGGAACUAAUAUGAAUAUGGAGUUACAGAAAACAUUGAAAGUGUGUCCUUCAAGAAAACCUAUAGCAAAAGCUGUACCAACGACAAAUCAGAAACUGAUUGUUGUUUCAAAUGCACAAACAAUGCCUAAUAGUAGUAUUCUUCAAAGAACAUUAACUAUUCCUUUUGUUAAAAAUAUAUCGGUAAAAAAUUUUGAUAAAUUUAAAAUUGUAAGCACUUCUGGCGCUCCAGUCACUUUAGCAACCAGUACUGUCAAUUCAAAUAGUUUCAAUUCUGUAAAGCACAAAGUAGUAACUGUGAGAACAAGUAAUCCUGUCAAUACCGGAAAGAAGGUUCUUCCGAUAACACAACUGCAAAUGUUGAACAAAGGAAGCAUUAAAGUACUUCCUCUAGGAGGAAAAAUCGUUGGAAAAACUACAACAUCAGCAAUACCUUCUUCAAUGUAUAUUAUGAAUUCUAUGGGUAAUAUGCAGAACUUGACAAAAACAAUAAACACUUUACCAAUAGCAGCUCCUACUAAAAUAAUAGAAAACAUCGAUAAUACUCAAAUAGUACCUUUAUCAACAAAUCCUGAAACGGGAAGUUCAAAUUGUGCUAGAAACAUGGAAAAACUUAAAGAAUUAACAAAGAAUUCUUCAGUAGUUAAUAAAGUCAUCACUGUGGAUGAUGAUUAUGAUAAUCAAAUUGAAGAGUUUCAUAUUGAAACAGUACCUGAAGAUGCUGUAGUUGAAGUAAAAUCUGAGGAGGAUAUCGAGGAAGUUGUGGAAACUGUUGAAGUGGAUAAGAGUGGAAUAGUUUGUCUCCCUGAAAUAGAUUGCUAUAUUUCAGAUGGAGAGGUAAUAGAAACUGAAUCCAGAUUAUCUCCUGAGAGAGAAAUGAAGGAAAGUUCAAAUGAAAGCUGUAAAAAUGAAGAUUUUAGUGAUGAUCAGUUGAACAAUAUGGAUCAUAGGCAAGAAAUAGAAGAAAUAGUUUAUGUUGACAACUGACACUUAUUUAUUUUAAUUUAAAUUUGUAUUAUUUUUGUAUAAAAAUCUUCGCUAACCUCAACUGUUAAAUUUGUUAUAUUUUGAAUUUGCACUGGUUAAACAAAUUUACUGAAACAUGCAAUUCCAUAUAUAUAUAGAUCUACCAUGAUAAAAACAUACAAAUUGUGAAUAUUAACAAGAUAUCACUCAAAUGUUUUCAACUUAUUUGAAAUAGAAAAAAAUUGUGAUGCCAUUGGUUAAAUUUAUAAACAUCGAAAAUUGAAAUUCAUCAAAUUUGGAUAAAUUUUCAUUGUUUCUGAAUUAAAUUAAUAAAUUCACAGUAACAGCGCUUAUUCAAAACUUUUCUCGCGAGAUUAUUAUGGUAAUAAGUAAUUAAUGAUAGGGUAUAAAAUUAUAAUUUUUUGUUUAAAAUUUUCCAGAAUAUUUAUUAGCUAUUAUUCAAUAUUUCUUUUCACAUCAAGGUACCUAUAACAAAUGUAGAGUUUGUUAUAUAUGAAAUUUCAGCGGCAUUCCUUCCAUUCAGAUAUUAUAUUCACCAAUUAUACAGCUUUAAAUCAAUAGUUAUUUGUAAGAAAA